AUGAAGCUCAUCCGAUGGAUGGAGCAGCACAUACGAGGGGGGCGCAAGAAAGACAAAGAGGACAAAGAAAAAGGAAAACAAAGCAAGAAGAACAGAAAGUUACAACGGGGUUACGACGAUGCGGGCUCAAUCGUCAAAUUACAGGAGAACGAGCUGCAGAAUUCGGUCAGAGAGCAGACCACGUCCGCUGUAGAAUCCUUGCUUGGUCCUCUAUACUCGGCUCGAGAGCAGACGGUCACGCUGGUCGAGAAUGGUUUCAAGGGUAACUAUCACUGCAACAUUGGUCUCGAACCUGCUUCCGACCGGAGCGCGUUCGUAGACAGCCAGUUAGGCGAAGGUGAAGUCUACUCCGAGAUUCCGGACACACCUCCGCCACCAGCACCUCCAUCGAUCGCCAAUCGCAUACCUUUACAACACAUCCGCUGUAUCGGACAGACUGCUCAGUCAGCAGUCGGCGAUGCAGCCAGCCAAGCACAACACAAUGCGGAGACACCGAGAGAACGGAGUCGUAUCAAAACCAAUCCGUGGUUCGUCUCAUCGCCUCAGAGUCCCUGCUGCUCAUCGUCGACCUCAGGAGAUUCGGGCGCCUGGACAGCCACUUCGAGCGACAGAUCCGGGCGCCUGACCCAUUCUCAGGAAGGGCAAACUCCGCGAGACAACGCCAGCCACGAUUGGUACUACGCGGAUUCUGCAUCGUCGACGACGUCUCUGACGAAGAAAGCGUCGGCGAUAAACGCGAGCCAACUGUACCAGAACGUUUUUCCGCUCGAGGAACGGAUUCCGAGCGCUCAGAAAGCUUCGGGUGGACGCGUCCUAUACCGAUAUCCGUCCGGCACACAUAUAUCUACGGCAGGGAAUCUCAACAGAUGUUUCCAGAGGCGGCCAGAGAGUGCCCGGACUUACAGAAAAAGUUACUUCAUGAACCAGUAUGGAGGAGACACACCAGACUUCACUUCGUCCGAGGACGAAGCGUUCUCUGACGAUUACCAGACGGAGAGCGGCAACAGUGAUAUGCCCUCAGUCCGUAAGAGGUCCAGCCACGAGAACCGCAAGAUUAGCCACUCGUCCGCAGUCUGUGCUAAUGACGGCCGGGAUAUCUUCGGCAAGACGAAUGACCUCCGGCAGCUCAUUCCGGGCCGACGUAGCAGUCAAGUACAGUUCCCGUAUACGUCUGGACUUCCCGGGAAAACUGGACUCACGGGCUGCCUCAGAAAUCCCUCUCCUCUCAAGACUCCGGGGAUGGGCGAUGAUUGGAGUCGGCCCCAAAAAACUGUAGAGCGUCAGAUGAGACAGCAGGAGAACUUCCUGCUGCACCGAGAACUUCUGCAGUUCAAGCAGUUCUUGCUGAUGCGUACGCUGGAAAACAUGGGAUCAGAGCUCAACAUGAACCGCAAUAUUUUACUCAGCAGUCCUCAGAUGAGGCAGCGCCACUUCCUGAGACAUCAUGAUUUGCAGGGCCCUCCCGCUCAAAACAUUUCGAGACAACAAGUUCCGACAGGACACUUUGUUCAAGCAAACGACACCAGAUUACCGCUCCACCAACCUCCGAGAGGAGUCCCGCACCAAAGUCCCCGUCUGGCCCCGAACAUGUUGCAUUGUUCUCCCCUGAAAGAUUUACGCUCGCGGAACCCUCAAAUGAGUCCACGCACCCCUCGCCUGAGCCGUACCGUAGCUCACCAACUGGAUCAAACGAGUCAAAUUCCUCAACUACCUCAGAUACCCCGUCUCGAGACAGGUUUCGAUCGGAUCCCCGGACUUUCGCCUAAUUUGUCCCGGUCAAAUAAUCCGAGGCUACUGUGUAGUCCGAAGAUUGGCGUCAGAGUCAACCCGGCUGCUAGCCCCCAGAUCGGGCGCCCGAUCUUCGCGAAGCCAAAAGGUGUUCCUCGGACAACCACAAUCGAUUUCCAAGCAUUCUCGUCACCGUCGAGAAAGCAGGCGGGCGAGACGGCGUGAAGCCCGGGACUUAUGCCUACCCGAGGCUCGAAAUGAAGACUAAAAGCGAACAUUACGUGGAACGCCAUCCAUCCAGAAGCAUCUAUUGGGAGCUACAGCGGAUAGUGUGAAAAUGAUCGCUCGGCGGAAGAAUAUUCGAAGCUACCUCGGAACCCGCUGAACAAAUUACCUGACGAGCGAAACUUAGCCGCGAAACAGAUCUUGUCUCUUCAUAGGUAGAAGAAAUUACAGGGAAAAUACUCGUGUUCAAUAAGAAUGAUCGCGUGUGAAUGACCUGCCAUGUGCAAUUCAAGACCGGGGAAUCUCAAGAGCCACGAGAGAGGUGGCAGAGAAGGGUGCCAGAAUUCCCCCGUACAUGAUACAAAUUUUUCAUAGGUUUUAAGAUUGCUGAUAAAGAGACAAUGGACGAGU